GCAACACCAUCGAUCAUAAACAAGAAAGAAAGAGAGAGAGAGAGAGAUGGGAAAGGUGAGUUGGCUUCUUAACUUACUUAAUCAUGCCAACAAGCAAGAAAGUGUUGAGACUCUCGACAAAAACGGUGUCUUAAUGGCCUCAAGCAGUGGAUUCAAGAUGCCUUUGCAUUACCCAAGAUACACAAAGGAGGACUACAAGGAGAUGGAAGAGUGGAGAUUGGAUCUGCUUCUUUCGGACUACGGACUUCUUGCCUUCCAUGACAAUACCCUCCAUGAGAAGCGAGCUUUUGCUAUGGAAACUUUUUUGUGGCUUCAUCACCCGUAAUUUCAUCUCUUAUAUUUAUCUUCUUUUACAUUACGUAAGAGUACUAAUGGAGAUUGUAGUGAUACGGGAGCCGAAGACAUGAAAGAAACCGCCAUCAGUCUAUACCCAAAAUAUGUCACAAGAAGAUUUCAACGUAUCUUUAAGUUCUCACUACUUUUAUGUUGUGUAUAUAAGCUUAGCUUUGGAUUUUGCAUAUAUGAAUCUUCAAUUCAAUAAAAUAUAGUUUUACCGCUUGUCAUUGUAA